UUGUGUUCAUAGAGAGACUGAACAUGUUUAACUGGAGUGUAGGGAUCAAAUUAAUGCUGUUUCUUCUUCCAAAUUCCUCCUGGGCUGAGCUUGUGAGGGCUACCAAGCAAAAUGGAAUCCAGUCUCCAAGUGGGUAAGACUUUACUUGCCAUAUCUGUGUUUUCAGUAUUUGUUGCGUGGGACAUUGUAAAGGCGUGUUAUAGAAGGGAUAAAUGGAUUCAGGGCAGUGGUCUCACUCUCACUGCCUUGUCCGUUCAAUUUCUUGGGUAUCUUGAUGCCCAAAACCUCAAUCACAAAUCAAAAGAACAGGAGUUAAAAGUAUUGUUGAAAAAUCAACUGUCUGUUGAUAAUGAUCGACUUGUUUUCUGCACAUUUUUGGCAUGCGUGCUGCCGGGCGUGGCCUUUCAUAGCUCUGGGGGAAGGUGGUCAAAUAUUGCAGCUUUAGCAGUAAGUUUAUGUUUGCAUAUGUCCACAGAGAUUUAUGUGCUUCAAAAUGUUAACGACCCUGCAUUCAGAAAUGGAGGGAGGGCGAUGUUUAUUUCAUCCAGUGUGCUUCUGCUGGUGGCAGCCAUUUCCCUCGUGCUUUACAUAGGCUUGGCUAUUAUAAAUUGUAAAUUCACUCGUGACCGUCUAAAUCACAAGAUUGCUAAGAUGGUUAAAGGAAGAGUAGAAAGUCAAAUGCCUAAAGAAAAUUUAAAAAGAAUGCUCGAUACAGAGAAGUUUUAUGUAUUCAAGUAUUGGGCUAUAGUUCGUGGUUGUCAGCAAGAAUUUUGGCUGGUUAGCUCGGCCUUCAGUCCAGCUGUGCUAAUGAUUGUGACGACAUGUGUUGCAAUGGUGGUGGCCAAAGCAAUAUCUCCACAAUCUCUUUUACAUCAUGAGAGUAAUAAUAGUGUGAGGUGGACAUUGUGCUUCCAGUGCGUUUUCAUCCUCACAGGAUGGGCUAUUCUCAUCUGGAGAUGGGCAGUAUUUCUCUUGCUUUGUGUCUCGCGGGAAGCUGAAUUUUUCGCUUACCGUUCGUAUAUUAAGGUAUAUGGAAAUCGCUUCUUCCGGUUAGUAUACCUUUCUAUCCAAAGAGCCUGGAAUUGGAGCCCACUUGAUGAUGGCCGCUCGUGUUGGAAAAAUAUACUAACCCGUGUGUGGAAACCGGUAAGAAUAUUAGUUUUCUUGAUCAUUCUCAUAAUCAUGCUUCCUGUAAGUCUCUUUUGUGUCGCGAUCUAUUUGCUCGUGCUCGUCCAUUUUUUCUGUUGGUGGUUGUCAAAAUUAUUGGCACGGAGUAUCACCAUUUUACCGUUCGCCAAGGCCUUUAUCGACCAGAUCAAAUAUUGGGUGUCGGAUGCAGAAGUGGAGCUCAAAACAGCAGCUGACGAAAUUUUGUACGUGUCUGAGUCAUCAUUGAAGCGAAUAGAGUCUGUGAUAAACGGAGCUUCUGAGGAGGGCAAAAACUCAAAGGAAAUAGUAGAGGUAAUUAAGCACAGUGUCAAGAAAAGUCGUGAAGAGAUUGGAAAACAGUUUUCUCCAAAGGGAGACAUAUAUUCCUACAUAGGGGUGUGGAAGAUGGCAGCAGUCGCGGCAAUUUCUUUAAUUGCAGAACUUAACUAUGGUGGGGUUUCAGAAGAGAUUAUUAAAGAUGUUGUGGAAGCUUUCAAGGAGGAGAAAGAACUAAAGAUUGUGAAGGAAGCCGUGGAAGCUUACAAGAAGGCGAAAGAUCUACUGGCAUUUCUAGACUUCCCUGAUAACAUAACAGUGAGCCCCAUUAAAUUAUUUAAUUCAGGCAGCAGCCGAGCCUACCAAAUGAGUUUAGAAGCUGACAUCGAAAUGCAAAAGAUAGAAAAGCGGGAUAAAAAAAACUUGCAUCCUAGUGCAGAGUUAACAUUCAAGGCGGUUGAGAAAAUUGUUCAUGAGUUUGCGUCGAAAAAGCAGUGUGCUACGUUCUCCAAUAUCAAGUUCUAUCAAUAUUGGAGUGGCAAAAGGUCUCUUGAUUUAAUAGAGUAUCUUGAAGAUACUGAUAUUCUAAAAGAAUUUAGCAUGAAAUGUGUGUGUCAGGCCAUUUCCGAGGAAUCUUACUGCAACAAGGAGGAAUUGGUCAAUAGAGCAAAGAGCUGCUUGGGAGAUAUAAUAGCAUGUGGUGUUUUAGAACUACCCAAAGUCUUACCUCAAUACUGUAGCAAAUGGGCAGAAGAUUUCAAAGAAGAGAAUUUAAUAAAAGCACUUAAACUACAAGAAAAGUUCAGAGCAAUUGAGGCCUGGAUUUCGGCGGCCACAAGAGACGAGGAGGAAAAUAAGUCACCAGAAGUUACCAAGGUAGACAUCGGACACGAAAUAAAUGAUGAGGAGGCGAAUUCAGCGAGCUGGGAGUAUGCUGGCAAAGGUGAACUGGUCACGUUGGACAGUGUCAAUGCCUCAUGAGGAUACCCAUAGCUUCUGUAAGCUGUCCGCCGGAUUACAGCGAAGUUGCGUAUGUUUGAAGCACUGGAAAUAUGUAUUGUUGUUCAAUAUACUCGUACCGCCGUCAGGAACACUAAUACCAUCAAAGUUGGUUUUGAGACCAGUUAUUUAUUUGUUUCUGUAAAUGAAAAUGGUGUUGCCUAUUAUAUUAUCAGUCAAGGGAAGUAUUUUACUUCCUGAUUCAAGCUAAAGUUACAAUUUGUACGAAGCAAACAUCAAACUACUCUGCAACAAAUAAAUCUAGCUUAUGGAUAUUUGGGAGAUACUAUACUCAUACGAGUGAGUAUGUAUGUAUGUAUGUAUGUGUUUAUUGUUUUAGCUUACUUUCAUAUUUGUAUGGUUUAUUUUCUAGUUUAUUGUUUUA